AACCGAUCCUCAUAUUUCUAAUUCUACCUUACUAAUCUUCCUACUCUUUCGAAUACUGUUGACGAAGUUAGUUGAGAAGAGGGUGGAGAAGAGUACGUCCGUAGCUUACUAUUCCAAGAUGACCAACCCACCCUUGAAGACCUUUCAGAAGAUGGAUGAGAUAUUUGGCAGAAGCAGUGCAGAUGAUGGAAAACCAUCGACCAAAUCACCCUUGAAGACCUUGCAGAAGAUGGAUGAGCUACUUGGCAUAAAGAACACAGAAACCAUGGGUUUCCCUACCAUCCGCCUAUCAUUGAUGGAAACAAUAAAAAUGGUAAAAGAAGGACCACAGAAUCCCGCCCUUAAAAGUUCGAAUUGGCGAACGCCAGAUGAAGCUGCAGGAAGUAAUUUACUUUACCAGGUUCCAAUAACAGUAAUAAAAGGAAUAACAUCAAACAAAUUCACAGACUUUGAUCCGGAAAACUUGAGUGCGGAUGCACUAAAAGCAGAAGCAGAAUUGCUUUCUGCUGAGUUAUAUUCAUUAGAUAGUUCAUUAGAUGACGAAGAUUCUGAAGCAGAUGAAAGUAUAAAAGGAAAUCGAUUUAAAAACCAAAUAGAUAAAAUUACAGAAAAACAGCAUGGUCAAUCAAAAUCAGCAGUUGAAAUAAAAGAUUGCCCUUUAUCGAGCUUCAAAGGAUUUCAGUUAGGGCAAUUUGUUUCUACUCAUGGCAUUCACAAUAAGGUGAACGUUCACAAUUAUUUAACAAAAAUGAGUGAGAGUGAUUCGAUAGGUAGUUAUAGAAACAUAAAGAAGCAAAUUAUAGAAGCGGGCGUACAACAUGAAGAAAAACCAAAAAAGGGUGAUAUCUGCAUCAUAAAUCUUUUUGGCGCACUUAGCAAUGGCACAAUUGUGGAUGAAUGUUUUAACCGUCCUAUAUAUGUAGGAAAUCUGGAUAUAUGCGCGGGAAUAGAUAUAGCGCUACAAACAAUGCAUGUGGAUGAAUGCGCUAGAUUUGAAAUUGGUUCAGUACAUACUUUUAAUAAGUAUGGGCAAAGAACUGGCUUGGCACAUAAUGCAACUAUUUGGUACUUAGUUAAACUGGUAAAUGUGAAGAGAAAAAGCUCUGGAAAGCACAAAGAUAAACCUGCACAAAAUGCAUUCUUUCCGAUCACCCAAACAAGCAGUAGUUUUGUGCUGCAAUACUUUCUACAAAAUUGUUUUAUAUCGUUGGAAAAACACGGAAAGGAAUGGUUCCAUGAAAUUAACUUGGAAGCAGUCGCAGUAAAACCUCUAAGGACAUUACAGAGCAUCGCAUCCGCAGAAAUUAUAAUGGGAGAGUACCAGGAGGCUGCAGAAACUAUAAACUACAUUCUAGAACAUGGUGGUCCACCCGAUUCGGAAACUAAGUUUCUAAACGAUACAAUAAUCUUUUUCAAUAACCACAAAAAGGAUGUAGAAGCAACACUAUAUAAAAGAAGAAGAACUGAGGAGGAGUUUUGGCUUCCUAGAAGCACAUGGCCUACUAAUGAAUGUAAAAUUGAUGACGGAAAAGUAAUACCAAAAUCAAUAUAUAGAGAAAUUAAGAAAAUAAAGCGCUUUGCUUUAUAUACACUAAGGGUACUGGAAAAACGGGAACUUCGUUUCAGCGAAAAAGUUUUAUGGAUCCUGGCUAUAGGAGCAAGUUCCUUUACUCUUGGUGUAGCUGUAAAAAGAUUUUUUUUCUAAGAACGCAAGAAGGAAGCAGGAAACAAAUGAACCUGUUAACAUAAUGAAAAGCAUUGAUCUUAAUCUUAUUAAGUACACUAUUAGCAUUGAUCUCAGGUAAUGCGUUUAGAUUAUUAGAGGCACUAUUAUAAUCGAUAAUUCCAAUUCGAGCAAGGAAAUUUAAGGUCAAAGUUAAGGUAGAUGUAAGCGAGUGAGAAUUAUGCAAAUUUUACUUUCGGAGUUAAUAGUUCCUAACUACAGUAUUUUCAUUAUAAUCAUUAUUGGCUGAUCAAAAAUCUGAUAAAAUAUUUUUCUCUCUUCCGCUAUUAGAAUUCAGCAAGAUAUUAAGAGCAUGUUGAUACUGUUCACACAAUUCACGAAUUCUAACCAAAUUUCAUCACUCCUUUUUAAGUCUACAUAUAAAAAAUUAUUGUUUAACAGCAAAACCCUAUAUAUAUGUUUUUGUGAUUUUUUAAAUGAAGUUGUCUAUGGUAUUCUUUUAGAAUCUGCACGAUAUUGUUAUUAUAAUAUUUGAGUGUGUGUUAAUAUCUUUUAAAAAUGUUUUUUUAAUCCAUCGAAUUUAAAAAAGAGAAUAAAAAAUGUAUAUACAUAUGUAUGUGUAUACAUGGGUAUAUGCACGCCUGCACAUAGAUAAAAUAUACAACACAUAUAAACAUUUUUAAAAUUAAAAUUGCCAAGCUGGGUAUAAGCUUGCUAAUUUAUAUGAUAUAUAUGUAUAUAUAAUAAUUUUAUACAUGUAUGUAUAUAUACCAUAUUUAUAUGCCUUUACAUAUGCAUAAUAAAUAUGUGCAUGGUAUACAUGUACAUGCAUCUAUUAUAUACAUAUAUAUGUAAUGUUAUUAUAUAUAUUUAUAGGUGCAUGUUUUAAAUAAAAUAUUUAAUAAAUAGUAAACCCAGAAUGUGCAGAUGUGUGAAAACAAGGAAAAUUGUCUUUUGAUUAUAUUAUAAACUUUGAAUUACAAGUAUUUGUGUGCAUAUAAUGUUGACUAUAUACUUUUAGUAUGUUAUAUCCUACUCUUGUAUGUUUUAUAUCAUAAUUAUUAUAAUCAAUGUAUUACAGCAAAGUUAAGAAUAAUAA